AUGAUUUUCAAGGCAACAAGUACGAAAAGUUAUCAAAUUGCAUAAACAUGAGUUGUCCCAAAUUUUCAAUCAGGCAAAUCGAUUUUCAAGCUUUAUUCCAAAAAACAUUGGGCUAGUCAUGCCUAAUGUACUAGUGUUGAAUGUUUCUAAUAGUGGUAUUAUAGGAUCCGUCCCCAACUCCAUAGGAGAUUUGGUGAAUUUGAUUUUGCUUGAUCUUGCUGGAAAUAAAUUGAUGGGACCUAGUCCAACUACCUUGGGAAGUCUAAUGGAUCUCCAGUAUUUGAACCUGAGUAAUAAUACAUUAUCAGGCGAAAUACCCCCAUCAUUGAGAAAUUGUUCCAAAUUAAGGCUUCUUGAUCUCGGUGAUAACCGGUUAUUGGGGAAAAUCCCAUCAUGGAUUGGCAAGAGCAUCAAGUCCCUUCAUGUCCUUCGACUAAGGUCUAAUAUGUUUGAAGGAGAGAUUCCUUGGGGGAUAUCACAUUUACAUUUUCUUCAAGUGCUCGAUCUAACACUCAAUUGUCUAUCAGGCACUUUCCCUGCCAUUUUCAACAACUUAACGGCAAUGGUCUUGUCCAAGACACCACUAGAUGAUUACAUACUCUAUUUUGUACCGUUUGAAGGUUUAUAUCCAUAUAACCCUGGGGAUGUUUACAUAUAUGUAAAUGGGAAAAUGAUAUUGAUUAAAGGUUUAUAUACAUAUGGGCAUGGAGAUAUUUACAUAGAUGCAAAUGGGAAAAUGAGAGCGUAUAACUGGUUCUAUUCUAAAGUGACAUGUAUCGACUUUUCGAGAAAUAAUUUUUCAGGAAUAGUUCCCCAAAGAAUUGACAAGAUUGAGUGGGCUGCAUUUCCUAAACCUAUCCCACAACUAUCUCUGUGGGAGGAUUCUUGAGGAGAUUUACAAAAUAAAGAAUUUGGAAUGGCUCGAUUUAUCAAACAAUAUGCUUUCAGGUGAAAUUCCUCCAAACAUGCCAUCUAUGA